CCCUUGUCCGUUGCCUGGCUCCAGCACACGUUCACGGGUUGCCGCUCACUCUUGGCACCUGUGGGACGGUGUGUCCCCAUACUAUCGCCCUGACUAUGUCGGGGCAGGGGAGGGCCAGCAAUUCCCUGACUGGGACCCCUUGGACCAACUUGCUUCGGGUUUUGUUUCUAGGAGUGAGUACUCUCGCAUCCUUCUCCCUGGCCCAGCUGGAGCUGCAUGUGCCCACCGGCCUCACCACGUUGGAGGUGGUAGAGGGAGGGGAAGUGGUACUACCAGCCUGGUACACCAUGACAGGGGAGGUGCCUUCCUCCAACCCCUGGGAGGUACCCGUCUUGAUUUGGUUCUUGGAACAAGAAGGAAAGGAACUAAAUCAGGUGUUGGCCUAUAUCAAUGGUGCUGUGUCAAGCAAACCUGGAGUAUCUCUUGUCCACUCCAUGCCCACAAGGAAUGUGUCCCUGAGACUGGAGGCCGUCCAUGAAAAAGACGCUGGAACCUACCGCUGUUCUGUCAAUGUGCAAGACAGUUUAGGCACAAGUGCCACAAGUAUGGGCCACAGCAGCAAAAGCAUAGAACUCAAAGUGCUGAUUCCUCCAGCCCUUCCAUCCUGCAGUCUCCAGGGUAUACCCCGUGUGGGGUCCAAUGUGACCCUGAACUGCAAAUCCCCAAGGAACAAGCCUACUGCACAGUACCAGUGGGAGAAGAUGGGCUCAUCCCCCCAGAUUUUCUUUGCACCAACGUUAGAUGCCAUCCAUGGAACCUUAAAGCUUACCAACCUUUCAAAGUCCAUGUCUGGAGUCUAUGUCUGCAAGGCCCAUAAUAAAGUGGGCGUUGCCCAGUGCAACAUGACCCUGGAAGUGAUCACAGAAUCUAAUGCUGCAGUGGUUGCUGGAGCAAUUGUGGGCACUGUGGUUGGCUUGGUGUUGCUGGCUGGACUGGUCCUUUUAUACCAACGCCGGAGCAAGGCCCUGGAGGAACUGGCCAAUGAUAUCAAGGAGGAUGCCAUUGCUCCCCGGACCUUGCCCUGGACCAAGGGCUCAGACACAAUCUCCAAGAAUGGAACACUUUCUUCUGUCACCUCAGCACGAGCCCUUCGAUCAUCCCAGGCUCCUCCUCCUAGGCCGGGUGCAUUUACUCCCACACCUAGUCUCUCUAGCCAGGCCCUGUCCUCACCAAGAAUGCCCAGGACAGAUGCGCCCCACCCUCAGCCAGUAUCCCUGAACCCUGGUGGAGUUUCUUCCUCUGCUCUGACCCGAAUGGGUGCUGUGCCGGUGAUGGUACCUGCCCAGACUCAGGUUGGGUCUCUCGUGUGAUGGCCCAGGCAGUCAUUGGCUAAACCAUCUGGUAUCUCUCCUCCCUGUAAGGGUCACCUAUGGCACAGAGGACUGAGUCUUGGGAAGGUAGCAACCUUCCAAGACCUCCAGGCUUCUGCCCCCACCUCCCUUUACUGUUGGAAAACUAAGUCUCAGUAAGACCAAAUGUCCAUGUUAAAGUAGAAAAGGAAAUGGAUCUGGUAUUGGGGUCAGGGGGAUGGGCACAACACCCGACACCCCUCUACCUAUUCCCUGCUUUUCCCUAAAAAGCCAGCUGAAUGCUGCUGAGACUGAACCCUCCAAAGGCUCUGGAGGAGCCUGCCACUCAGUGAGGCCCCUGGUCCCCUGAGCUGUACCCCACCUUUACCCAAAGCUAUCCUUUACUUCCACUCCAGUUCCCUGUAUUAAUAUAACCUGUCCUGCUGGCUUGGUUGGGUUUUGUUGGAACAGGGGACAGGGAAGACAUCUUAAAAACUAACUUGAAAUCAGUGUUCUUAUUUUUAUUUUGAAAAUUUCAAUAAAGAUACACUGUAUUUGCAUGGA